GGUGAUAUUAACCAUCAGAGUGACAUACUUAUUUUCUACAUGUCCCUUAAAGCUUUUGGAUUGUCAAGCUUCUAUAGCUUCAGAAGAAAAUGUCAUUGUUAUUCUUCUUUUUGGGGUUUUUCUUUGUAUUUUAUCCCCGGUCUUGCACUGCUGUGUUUGUUCUUUUGCGUGCUGUCGUGCAUUUUCUAGCACUUCCUACAUCAGUUGUUAGGCUCACAGGGGUUGGUGAUUGCUUGGUUGGUGGGAUGCUUGCUUCCAUUUGCGCAGGUUUAAAUCUUAUACAGAGUGUGGUAGUUGGAAUUGCGGCAGCCAAAGCUGUUGUUGAGGCAGAGACCAGUGUGCCUACUGCAUUUAGUUUGGCCUCAAUUGCAGGAAAGACUGAAGUUGGAGCAGUUAUUGGUGUUGCUGGAAAGGACUGAUGAUAGGACGCACAGAAAGCACUGUCAUUGAUUAUGAACAAUAUACUUCUUCCCUUGUAAUCAAAUUUGUUGGGGUGGACCAUGAUAAAUUUAGUGUGAUGUA